AUGACUGGCUCAAUGUCCGUUAUUGCCAAAUGGAUUCCUAUUAGCACCCUUGUCACAGGGUGCCGAGCCUCUGACGAUGGUGACGACUUUUCCAACAAUCUGUUCUCUGACCUGGCGCCGCUGUUGGCACUCUUCGGAGAACGAGUGACAAUGCAAUUCGUGAGCCAAUCUGAAGGGUGGGCUGACAACAUUAUCUUGGCUAUGGCCCCGAUUGGAAUUAUCACUGCUAUCGUCGCUUCUAUCCGCGUUGGCGGCCCCCCUUGGCUUAAAGCCGUCAUUGGGAGAGCUAGAGAGAACUUAGCAGUCUCUGAAGUUGAGUUGAUGUCAUCUACAUCAAAGGAAGUCUGCGAGGUAUGGAAUGGCCAAGAGGUGGUCAGAUGCAUGGGGCUAGCCCCGGUGAUAGAAUUUAUAUGCCUACUACAAUUUGCCGACGCGGGACAAUCCGACAACCAACCAAACCCAACGAUAGAGGUGCUGAAACUAGAAGAAGCAAUCGCAAAGGGAUAUAUCAAGGACCUUGAUAAUGGUGAGAUGCCCAAAACAGCUUCAACCUCUGAGGUUGACGAAGAACAAGGCAACCCGACUCCAAAUCCAUGCUCCCCGACUAAUUCUCACUCAACGCCAACUACAAAGAAGAGACUUCAAAAGAUAUGCCUUAUACGAGACACGUCUGGAGAUUCACCAAACAUUAUUUUGAACUGUCAUCCCUCAGCAAAUAGACGGGAGCUUUGGUUGUUCGCAGCCUUUGGGACCUUUCUUCAGCUUGGAGUCCUCACAUACUCGGGGUUUGCAACAUAUCACCCGGCUUUGAAGUUUCAGAAGGACAAAAAGCCCAUUGAAUCAUAUGCUUAUCCCUGCACCGCAAUCGGCACUCUGGUGUUGGUCCUUGGAAUGAUGUUGUGUGGUCAUGUCGUGGAAAGUAGCACCGAUGAAAAAAGAUAUCAGGCAGUUGCUGGGUGGAAGACUCGAAUGGUCUGGCUGCAGCAGACCAAAACCGUCAGUGAUCAAGUUUUCAACUCCCAUAUGGUGUAUGCCAAGGACGAUCGUCAGACCAUCACUAAAUCAAGACGAUCCAACCGACACGGCAAAGACAAGUCUAACACUACUCACACUGGCUCUACCGCGCCUGGGGGCGAUGAUCCUUCUACAUUUCUGAAUGUGGUUACGAUAACUGGCACGGGAAUAAUAUUGUGCGGUUUUGUGAUACACUUUGUCGGCCUUCGGGGGAUGCACUGGUCAGCCUCGAUAGCUCAGCUAGGCGCGAUACUGGUGAUGGUAUGCGUUAAAGCGUGGGUCCGUCGUGGACUUGCAAAAUCACCCGAACGUGAGCCUUUACCGUCUGGAUUCGAACUCGACUUGUUUACGACGUCGCUAGGUGGAAUUGCAACGGAGGCGUGGAGCGGUGGACAAGGUAAUGAUAAUGUCUCUGUCAACACGCGGCUACCAGGAGGUGCGAAGACUCCCAGAAAUGAAUGGAGGGUCGUUACUGGUGGAAGUUCGUCAUUAAAUGUUUCUGAGUUCAACCACGUGUCUGCUGCGGAACCUUGUGAUGGAAGUAUUUUCGAUGCACAGGCAUUGUUGGAUGCACGCAAAAGUCUUACACAUCUCGCCGGCUGGAAGGGCCCUGCUUCAGCCGAGGCAGUCUCUCUAGCAAAAGCUAUCGAGUGUACAUUGGACGCUGUAAAUGUCUGCAUUCCGAAUAAUCCACAGAACCUAAUAUAG